UAUCUUCAAAAAAAACUGCGAAAAGAAAAGAACUCUCUCAACUCAAGCCACUGGCAACGAGACAAAAACACAAUCACUACCUCUUCUUCAAUUCUCGGGAAAAACCAGAGUGCAAUGGCAUCUCUUUCAAUUGGAAUACACAACUUUAACCCAACUCACCAAUUCAAGAAACACUCUAUCGAUUUACCAUCUUCCUUUUAUCUAUCUUCGCUUCCUUCUCAGUCUUGUUUUAGCUCAUCUUUACAUAGAUUAAGACGUUCAAGAUUGCUUCGUAGUGGGUUUUUAGCUAGAGCUGAAGAUAAGGCUAAAGGGACUUCUUCAUAUCAGGGGCAAGCUCAACCACCCAACACUGUGAAACAGCUUCAGGAGCUGACACCAGAUGCAGGGUCAUGUGACCCUUUAUGUUCACUGGAUGAUACGAGUUCUCAGGAUUUCGAAGCCAGUUACCAGCCAAAGACUGAUCUGGUAAAAGCUCUUGCAGUUUUUGCAGCUGCUGCAACAGGGGCUGCAGCGAUUAACCAUUCAUGGGUCGCAGCCAAUCAGGAUCUUGCUAUGGUAUUACUCUUUGGGAUAGGAUAUGCAGGCAUCAUUUUUGAAGAGUCUCUAGCCUUCAAUAAAAGUGGAGUAGGAUUAUUGAUGGCUGUGAGCUUAUGGGUAGUACGAAGCAUUGGGGCACCUUCAACUGAUAUAGCUGUUUCUGAGUUGACACAUGCUUCGGCAGAAGUAAGCGAGAUUGUUUUUUUCUUGCUUGGUGCAAUGACCAUUGUUGAAAUUGUUGAUGCUCAUCAAGGAUUUAAGCUGGUCACUGACAAUAUCACUACUCGAAAGCCACGGACUCUGCUUUGGGUGGUUGGUUUUGUAACAUUUUUCCUUAGUUCAAUCCUCGACAACUUGACGUCUACCAUUGUUAUGGUUUCAUUGUUGAGGAAACUAGUACCUCCAUCAGAAUACCGCAAGCUUUUAGGAGCAGUUGUUGUGAUUGCAGCAAACGCAGGUGGUGCAUGGACUCCUAUUGGUGAUGUCACAACUACUAUGUUAUGGAUACAUGGUCAAAUAUCCACAUUGCCCACAAUGAAGAUUUUGCUAAUACCUUCAGCUGUUUCUCUAGCUGUUCCACUGGCUCUUAUGUCCCUCACUAGUGAAGUUAAUGGAAAGGAACACGGAUCCUCCAAAGUUUUGGCAUCUGAACGGAUGGCUCCUCGAGGACAGCUUGUUUUCUCUGUGGGUAUCGGAGCUUUAAUUUUUGUUCCAGUGUUCAAGGCCCUAACUGGAUUGCCUCCAUAUAUGGGCAUGCUUCUUGGACUAGGAGUUCUUUGGAUUCUUACAGAUGCUAUUCAUUAUGGUGAAUCAGAAAGGCAAAAGUUGAAAGUACCACAGGCUUUGUCACGAAUUGACACCCAAGGAGCCCUUUUCUUCCUGGGCAUCCUUUUGUCUGUUAGCAGCCUCGAGGCAGCAGGGAUUCUUCGUGAAUUGGCAAAUUACCUUGAUGCCCAUAUUUCGAAUGUGGAACUCGUUGCAAGUGCAAUAGGAGUUGUAUCAGCGAUUAUAGACAACGUGCCACUGGUUGCCGCAACAAUGGGAAUGUAUGAUCUCACCUCUUUUCCUCAGGACUCUGAGUUUUGGCAGUUAAUCGCAUACUGUGCUGGUACUGGUGGUUCCAUGCUUGUUAUUGGCUCUGCCGCUGGAGUUGCAUUUAUGGGGAUGGAGAAGGUGGACUUCUUUUGGUACUUGCGGAAGGUGAGUGGUUUUGCAUUUGCUGGUUAUGCUGCUGGUAUUGCUGCUUAUUUAGCAGUUCGUAACCUCAACAUCUCCCUACCCACAACGCUAGCCGAGGUUCCGUUCCUCUCAGGUUCGUAGAUCACAGUGCCAAGGAUUCGAAGUUUCACUGGUACCAAGCAAGGAUGUGGCCUCCCACGCAGGACUAGUCUCUAUCAAGAUGGAAAUGUUGUCCAAGUGAUUAAAACUAGCUCAGAAGUAUAUAAAAUUGAAGCGAAUAGUUUUAAGAUAGAUUAAGAAUAAAUGGAAGUUGAUUUCAUGAUAUGUUUUCAAAAUACAGACUCAGAAACGUUCUUCCACUGUAGAACAUGUGCUGAGACUAUUGUAGGCAGAAAAACUCUGUUUAAAUCAAAGAAAGGACUAGUCCUAGUGAAGCAUAUAGAUACCCAUCCACGUAAAAGCUGAAAAUUCAUUGAGAUUAUGUGACAUUAUCCUUGGAUGUUUGUAAGCUGUACUUUUUGAAGAUGUUAAAUAAAAGAAACCCAAAGUUAUUUUA